AUGCGUCUCUCUGCAGCACUGUACUCCCCAACGCACCCUUGGCUCGCAUGCUUGAAAUCAGUACAAUUGCAGCGCAUUGCGCGAGCAACGGGUAUCCAAUCGUCUGGUACGAAGGGUGUUCUUAUUGAGCGCAUUGCAGCGGAGUUGACGUUGCAUUCACACUCGCAGUUGCAGUUGCAGUCGCAGUCGGCUGCCGCAGAUGGUGAUGGUGAUGGUGAUGGUGUUGCAGAGGGUGCCAUCACUAGUAGUCCCAAUCACAUUACCAAUACUAGUGAUAGUGCAAGCACCUGCCCAAACCAAGAUCGACAGGUCGAUCGGCGGGUGUUGACAAAAACUCCCUCAAGCAACCACAAGACAAAGAUAAUCAUCAAGUCAGCAGACUUGUCAAAAUCAAAUCCCGCACAACCAUGGAGCAUCCUCAGCAUCGAUAUGGGUGUUCAGAACCUCGCAUUCGCGCAUCUGCGAGUGCCCCGCUCGGGGGGUCCAGGUAUUGGGAUAGAUGCUGCAAACCCCAGACCGCCAGAGUUAACAGCCUGGCACAAACUUGCUGUUUCUGAGAUAUCAAGUUUGGACCUAAUACCCGGGGAUAAUACCGGUAUAAUCAAACCCGUGCAACCAAUAUCAGGAUCUGGUGGCGCCACGGAAUCAUCCCAAGCUAUUCUCCCAGUAGAUACGCAAAAAGUCCUGCCUGUCAAGGUCAAGAUCGCCAAAUCUACCACAAAAGAAAAAGAUGGCUUCUCCCCGGACCUGUACGCUGCAAAUGCAUAUACCCUAAUCACAUCACUCAUAGCUGCAUACCGCCCUACGCACGUGCUCAUAGAGCGGCAGCGCUUCCGCUCAGGCGGUGGAAGUGCCGUGCUUGAAUGGACGCUGCGUGUUGGCUUGUUGGAGGGUAUGCUGUAUGCCGUUCUCCAUACACUGCGACAGGAGAGGGGCGGGGAGGUUGCGGAUCUGGUUGUUCGAGGCGUUGAUCCGAGACGGGUAGUGAGGUAUUGGCUUGAGGGUGGAUCUGGGUCAUCAGUUCCAGGGAAAGGAGACGAGGGGACAGCAUCAGAGGUCGGGAAAAGGGUCAAGGAGAAGAAACCAACCGCGCGAGAAGUGAAGAAGGCUAAGAUCGAUCUUGUUGGACGAUGGCUUUCUGCUGCGAUGCAGAAGAAUAACACCAAUGCUUCUCUAGACACGGACGGAAGUCUUAAAAAACUGGAGCUGGGUAUUGCUGCUGACGAUAAGAUCGUGCUUGCGGAUAAAUCCGAGUGUCCUGCUCUGCAUGGUGUUGCGGGUGGUUAUAUGCGGAAAUGGCAGAGCCAGACGCAGACGUCGAAGAAGGGGAAAGGGAAGGGGUCUCGUUCUUUGAAGAGUGGAUCUCUUUCUUCAUUGCCCGUGUCGCCUCAGUCUGAUAUGGCGGACGAGGUGGCUGCUGUUGACCCGGGCAAACUUGAUGAUCUGGCGGAUUGUUUGUUGCAGGGUGUGACGUGGGUUGAAUGGCAGAUUAUGCGGGAGCGGAUUGCGAGGGAAGGGGUUGAGGCGUUAGAUUCGAUACCGUAG